AUGAGUAAAAUCUUACUAUCAGCUGCAUUAUUUAUUGCGCAAUCGACAGCAAUCUAAGUCAAUCAAGCUCUAUAGAAGAUCAGAGCUGAGAGUGCUUGGAGACAAGAAGCUACCAACAAGUUCAACUGGAAUGCAACUUAAGAGCUUACGUGGUCAGUGAUCAAUGCUUUUAUUGAUGUUUAAACCUCCCCUGAUGGUGAUGUCUAUGCCAUUCAAAAGAUAUCUUCAGAGUUGUCAACUCCUUAGUACCAUAUCUAUAUUCACAAUACCGCAUUAAAUUCCAGAUAAUUGCGUCCUAAACUCAGAAAAAAUAUCAUUGGUGUGUGGAGUCAAAGACUUUGA